GGGGUAAUGUUGUGUUAUUAUUGAGAGAAUAGUGUCAAGUCGAGGGUUGACAUAGUUGUUGACAAACAGGAGCCAGCCAGUCACUCCACACUGUUGUCUUCACUACUAGCACAAUGCCGGCGGAAAAUUUGGAAGAACAGGGCCUCGAAAAGAACCCAUAUCUCCCUCUGGCGCAGCUCAAGUUCAGACUGACGUUGAAUGAUUUUAAGAAUGAUUCCAAGAUGAAGGAGGAGCUAAUGCAGGCCAUCGUGAAGGACAAUAUGGCACCAUUCUAUGAGGAGUGUUGCCGUGAUUUAGGCUGGCAACUGGACAGUGCCUUGCUUGAAAGGAUGAAGAAAGAAAAUGAGAAAGAAUUGCACACAAUGAAUGAAACAAUUGAGGAAGCAGAGAAGUCCAUGGGGGAGACAGAGAUUCGAGAGGCAAACCUAAAGAAGGCUGAAUAUCUUUCACGCAUUGGAGAUAAAGAGGAAGCAGUAAAGGCCUUUGCUAAAACCUACGACAAGACAGUCUCUCUUGGGCAGCGUUUGGAUCUUGUUUUUCAUAACAUUCGUCUUGGUCUUUUUUAUCUUGACCACUCGCUUAUUACAAGAAACUUAGAAAAAGCAAAGAGCCUCAUUGAAGAGGGAGGUGAUUGGGAUCGCCGCAAUCGGCUAAAAGUAUAUGAAGGAGUUUACUGCAUGGCUGUCAGAGACUUCAAAAAGGCUGCCACUCUCUUUUUAGAUACAAUCAGCACAUUUACUUCUUAUGAAUUGAUGGACUACACUAGAUUUGUUGGUUACACUGUUUUGGUGUGCAUGAUAGCUCUUCCUCGUAACGAUCUUAGAACUAAAGUUGUGAAGGGUUCAGAAAUUCAGGAGGUACUUCACUCAGCUGAGGAUCUCAAAACUUACCUUCUUUCUCUGUAUGAGUGUCAAUACCACACCUUUUUCCAGAAGCUAUCAUGGGUUGAAGGCGAGUUACGUCAUGACCGACUACUAGCACCACACUAUAGGUAUUAUGUGAGAGAGAUGAGAAUUCUGGCUUAUACACAGCUACUAGAGUCCUAUCGAUCUCUCACACUUCAUUAUAUGGCUGCAGCAUUUGGAGUUUCCACUGAAUUCAUUGACAG